AUGUUGUCUAGCCCCAUUGACAGACAUAUAUCGGCACAACCCUCCUUCCGUCAACGGUUGUCUCAAACCAUUUCUCUCAUUCUUUUUUCUUCAUCGUCGCCGCUACCCUUUGAGCAACGACCCAACGCUUUCAACGUUAAGGCACUUCUAUCGCCGCCAAUAAGUAUCCACGUGCGGACAGGCGAUUUGCGGGCAUCGAGUCGAGAAGACGCGUUCCCCAAUCAAUCUCUCUCUCUCUCUCUCUCUCUCUCUCUCUCUCUCUCUCUCUCUCUUUUCACCAUACGGCUCAAACACCUAAACUUCGAUGAUAGACCUUUUAUACCCAACCUUACGACUUUCCUACGUAAUACGAGAUUCUUUAUAUUUAUCUACCGCCUCCUGACAAUAAUCACAGGCAGCGCGAGAAUUGAAAACCUCUUCCUCUUUUCCUUUGACUUUGGCAACAACAAGACAUUCUUUUCUCGUUCUGUCGGCAUACAAAGUUCUCUUCUUGGUGACCAAACUCCCUCCAUUCAUCACUUAUUUUCAUCCCGUCCACUGGGAAAUUACGCCUUUCUUUUACAACCGCUAGAAGGUGAAAAUUUACUUAAACACGCGCAAAAACACUUUUUGAAAACGCACGUUUCUUCUUCUUCUUCUUUUUUUUUUUCUUUUUUUUCAGGGGCUUCUUCGAAAGGACUUGUCAAAACUUUCUCUGGAGGGGAAACUCGCCCUCAGCAACUUUAUUACCCAUGCAUCCUUCACUUAUGGGCAAAUGCUGCCUGCCUUUUUCAACAGGGAGAGAGAAACAACCUCCUGUCUCUAAGCGGUCUUGUUUCCAACUGCUGCUAA